AUGAUAAUAUUAUUAUUUAGUGUUGCUGCAUUAAUGCCACACGUUAUUGCACAAAGUUGUCACUUACAACGCUGUAUUGGCUGUCAACCAGAGCAAGCAGCUAAUGUCGGCACACCAACACAAUGUCAAGAAGGCAACUGGGUCUCUGCGACAUGGAUAGUCAGUGAUGCACAACAGCCAUCCUUCCCUGCCUUUCCCCCUACGAUCCCUAUACAAUACAGUUGCUUGCAAAUGGUCGCAACGCCAGAUGACACAACCAUUGCCAACACGGUGGACCGUAUCCGAGGUUGUAUUCCCCGUCCGCUAGCCGAAUCUGUCUGUCAAAAUCUGGUAGCUGUGCAGAGAGCACGUGCUCAUAGUGACGCGCGCUGCUACAUCUGCAAUGGAGAUAAUUGCAACUCCGUUUCAAGAAUAGCAGCACCUUUGCACAUUGCAAUAUUUUUAACACUUCUGUACGUCAUUUUUAGUUAA